AGAACAGGCGGUAGUGGUCUCGCCUAGCCUGUGGCGGGAAAGGUUGCAGAGCUGCGCCUGAGGGCUGCUGGCUCCGUGGGGCUCCGGAGGAUCCCCGGGGAGUGGUACUGGAGAUUGAACCCUGGACAUCACAUGUGCUAGGCCUCAUCAUUUUGUCUCGACUGUCUCUGUCUUCUUUUUCUGCUGGCUGGUCCUCUGGUGUAUGGACUUAUACAUGAUGAACUGUGAACUUCUAGCCACAUGUAGUGCCCUUGGGUACUUGGAGGGUGAUGCUUACCACAAGGAACCAGAUUGCUUAGAGAGUGUGAAGGAUUUGAUCCGCUACUUGAGGUAUGAGGAUGAGACUCGAGAUGUGCGGCAGCAGCUGGGGGCUGCCCAGAUCCUGCAGAAUGACCUUCUACCCAUCCUUGCCCAGCACCGCCAGGACAAGCCUCUCUUUGAUGCUGUCAUCAGACUGAUGGUGAACCUGACACAACCAGCCUUGCUGUGUUUUGGCAGUGUACCUAAGGAACCCAGCAUGCGGCACCACUUUCUACAGGUGCUCACUUACCUGCAGGCCUACAAGGAGGCCUUUGCCAGUGAGAAGACUUUUGGGGUCCUCAGUGAAACCUUGUAUGAAUUGCUGCAGCUGGGCUGGGAAGAACGGCAGGAGGAAGACAAUCUGCUGAUUGAGCGGAUCCUGCUACUGGUCAGAAACAUUCUGCAUGUUCCAGCUGACCUUGACCAGGAGAAGAGGAUAGAUGAUGAUGCCAGUGUCCAUGACCAGCUUCUCUGGGCAAUUCACCUCAGUGGCCUGGAUGACCUGCUCCUCUUCCUGGCCAGCUCUCCUGCCGAGCAGCAGUGGAGCCUACACGUGCUAGAAAUUAUCUCUCUUAUGUUUCGUGACCAGAACCCCGAGCAGCUGGCAAGAGUAGGGCAGGGACGCUUAGCUCAGGAGCGGAGUGCGGAUGUGGCAGAACUGGAAAUGCUACGCCAGCGAGAGAUGGCGGAAAAGAAGGCGCGAGCCCUCCAGCGAGGCAACAGACAUUCUCGAUUUGGGGGCUCCUACAUUGUUCAAGGUUUGAAAUCCAUAGGGGAAAGGGACCUCAUCUUUCACAAAGGCCUUCACAAUCUCCAAAACUACAGUUCAGAUUUAGGAAAGCAGCCCCGCAGGAUACCUAAACGCCACCAGGCCGCUCAGGAGCUGUCCACGCAGCGCCGCUCUGCCCUCAAUGUGAGACUUUUCCUCAGGGACUUCUGCUCUGAGUUCCUGGAGAACUGUUACAACCGGCUUAUGGGUGCAGUGAAGGAUCACCUGCUUCGUGAGAAAGCUCAGGAACAUGAUGAGACCUACUAUAUGUGGGCCUUGGCUUUCUUCAUGGCUUUCAACAGAGCUGCCUCCUUCCGGCCAGGCUUGGUUUCUGAGACACUCAGUGUCCGUUCCUUCCACUUCAUUGAGAAGAACCUCACCAACUACUAUGAGAUGAUGCUAACAGAUCGCAAGGAAGCCAGAUCCUGGGCAUGCCGGAUGCACCUGGCACUAAAGGCCUAUCAGGAGUUGCUGGCCACCGUGAAUGAGAUGGACAUGUCCCCAGAUGAGGCUGUGCGGGAGAGCAGCCGCAUCAUCAAGAACAAUAUUUUCUAUAUGAUGGAGUACCGAGAACUAUUCCUGACACUCUUCCGAAAGUUUGAUGAGAGAUGCCAGCCUCGCUCUUUCCUUCGUGACCUGGUGGAAACCACCCACCUCUUCCUCAAGAUGUUGGAGCGAUUCUGUCGGAGCCGAGGGAACCUGAUGGUCCAGAACAAACGGAAGAAGAGGAAGAAGAAGAAAAAGAAGGUUUCUGACCAGACUGUGGCUUCUGGUAAUGUCUCAUACAGUGCAGAGGAGCUGGAGGCCUUGUGGCAAGGGCUGGCUGAGCAAUUGCAAUGCUGUACCCAGGAUCCUGAGCUCAGUGUAGACUCCAUGGUUCCCUUUGAUGCUGCCUCAGAAAUCCCAGUAGAAGAACAGCGGGUGGAAGCCAUGGUGAGGAUCCAAGACUGUCUCCUGGCCGGCCGGGCUUCACAGGCUCUGAGCCUCCUGAGAUCUGCUCGGGAGGUGUGGCCAGAAGGAGAUGUGUUUGGCUUUCCAAACAUUUCCCCUGAGGAAGAGAUGCAGUUGCUGAAACAGAUCCUCUCUGCUCCCCUUCCUCGGCAGCAGGAAACAGAGGAAGGAGAUAGAGAAGAGGAGGAGGAAGAAGAGGAAGAAGAAGAGAAAGAAGAGGAGUUGCAAGUUGUGCAGGUGUCAGAGAAAGAGUUUAACUUUCUGGACUACCUGAAACGCUUUGCAUGCUCGACCAUUGUGCGAGCCUACGUGCUGCUGCUACGGAGUUACCAGCAGAACAGCGCUCAUACUAACCACUGUGUGGUCAAGAUGCUACACCGGCUAGCCCACGACCUCAAAAUGGAAGCCCUACUUUUCCAGCUCUCGGUCUUCUUCCUUUUUAAUCGUCUGUUUAGUGACCCUGCUGCUGGAGCCUACAAAGAGCUUGUGACUUUCGCCAAAUACAUCCUCUCCAAGUUCUUUGCAUUGGCCACAGUCAAUGAAAAAGCCUUUGUGGAGCUGCUGUUCUGGAAGAACACAGCUGUGGUUCGAGAGAUGACUGAGGGCUACGGCACCCUGGAUGGCAGGUCUUCCAGUUGCAGAGCUGCUGCUUGGGGCCCGGAGGAGGAGGCUCAGCUUCGGGAACUGUACCUCACUCAUAAGGAUGUGGAAGGUCAAGAUGUGGUGGAAGCCAUCCUAGCCCAUCUGAAUACUGCUCGGACACGCAGGCAGGUCAUCCACCAUUUGGUACGGCUGGGACUGGCUAACAGUGUCAAGGACUUCCAAAGGAAAGGGACCCAUAUUGUAUUGUGGACAGAAGACCAGGAGCAGGAACUUCAGCGGCUUUUUGAGGAGUUCCAGGACUCAGAUGAUGUCCUUGGUCAUAUCAUGAAGAAUAUCACAGCGAAACGCUCAAGGGCUCGAAUCGUGGAUAAAUUGCUUGCCCUGGGGCUGGUAGCUGAGCGGCGGGAGCUGUACAAGAAACGGAAGAAAAAGCUGGCACCCUCUAGCACGCCUGAUGGGGAAGACUCCCCGAAAGAUUUUCAGCAAGAUCUGGAAGAUGAGGAAGACUUACCAGAAGAAGAGAGUGAAGAGGAGGAUGAAAAAGAUGAGUUCUUGGAAGGAGAACAAGCCCACGGUCACUGCGUUCUCUCAGCUGCAAGCCUUGGUCAAGACCUACGUCAGGAAGGCUUUUCUGUGCCACUGCUGUGGCUCCAGAACUGCCUGCUUCGAGCAGCGGAUGAUCGGGAAGAGGAUGGCUGCUCCCAGGCAGUUCCACUGGUGCCACUGACAGAAGAAAAUGAGGAAGCAAUGGAAAACGAACAGUUUCAGCAGCUGCUGCGCAAGCUAGGGAUUCGGCCCCCAGCCUCUGUGCAGGAAACCUUCUGGCGAAUCCCAGCCAAGUUGAGCCCCACCCAGCUACGCAGAGUGGCAGCUUCCUUGAGUCAGUCAAAGGAGGAAGAAGAGAAGCUGCAGCCAGAGUUAAGGCUGAGCAUCAAUGGAGAGCAAGGCCCUAGUGAGGAGGACCAGCAGGAGAACUUCUUGUUAGCUCAUAAAAAGAAAGCAGGACUAGAGUCCAUGGAGGAGGAGGGAGCUGCUGGUGGGAAAGAGCAUCUGAAGGUGGUGCCCAAGAAGCGGCAGCUGCUGGACAGUGAUGAAGAAGAGGAGGGAGAUGAGGGCAGAAGCAAAGUGCCAGAACUACAGGCUCCAGUAAUCCCAAAGAAGAAGCGGUAUCAGAUUGAAGACGAGGAUGAAUGACUGAAGAGCCACAGGCCUAGGCACAGAGAUAGACUUGAUUUUAGAAGACACAGAAAACUGUUCUUUCUUCAAGAAUCUUGUUGCCAGGUAUGAUGAUGCACACCUAUAAUCCCAGCACUUGAGACGCUGAAGCAGGAGGAUCACUGUGAGUUUGAGGCCAGCCUGAACAACAAAGUGAGACACUGUUUCCAAAAAUAAAUCUUGAGCUUUUAUGGAAGCUUCAUUACAUAAGCAUGGCUGUUGGAGUCUGUUCCUAGAGCCUCAGUCCCCCAAACGGGUGCACAGCAAAGGCCCAAAGGAAUGAGACAAGCGGCACAAUCUUUAGGGUUACAGGAGGACUGAAGUCCUCGGCAGAGCUUGAAACUCUGCUAGCUGACCAGCCGAUUGACACUAGGCAGCCCGUAUUUAAUCAGAACAAGCAAGUUGUUGCGUGGACAAUGGAGGAAACCUGAACAGGAUCUUGGGAGGAGUUCAAGGACCCCUCAGAGCAACAGAUGAUGCCAAUUUAGGAAAACUAUCCAGCCGAGGCCCCCUGAGUUGUCUCCUUGUUCUCAGUUCAACCAUGCCUGGGUCACACCACAGCCCUGUACAUGUGUGUAUUCAGCUUCAAUGCUCUCCAACACAUGACUAAUUAAAUCACUGACUGUUGGUUUAUCGAUUCAAACGUAAUCCCCUCUUCCUGUUUGGUUUAGGGCUUUGUACAUCCUUGAGCUGUCAAAGGUGGAGAUGGGACUGAAAAUUCCAAUUUUAUGAUCAUAUGGUUGCUUCCUGUGAUCAACCAGGCCCCAUCCUGAGUCUCCAUACGGGUUUCCAGUCAUAAGUCAUUCAUUAGCACUUGCAUCAUUCCAGGGACAGGUUAUAUACAAAGUAUGAUUGAAAAAUACUUUUACAUUUAAAUUUUUUUAAAAUGUAGUAAAAUACACAUUAUCAUUAAUCCCCCUCAAAAAUAGUCCUUUUAUUUUCAUCCAAUUAUUCUUACCACUUUUGGUGGGGGAGUUUGUUUUGUUUUGUUUUUGAGACACAAUUUUGCUGUGUAGUUCAGGCUGGUUUUGAACUCGCUCUGUAGACCAUGCUAGCGAUCCUCCUGCCUCAACCUCCCAAGUGUUGGAAUGACAGGUGUGCACCUCUAUACUCAGCUUUGCAUUAAGGUUUAUAGUGUACGUGUUACCAGUCUACUUUUAGGUGAUGUUUAAUGCUGCUUUAUGUAAGAGCACAGUGUGAGAAGUUCACCCGUAUACUUCUUUCCUUUGCCAGCAUUGUGCUGUUAACACAUUCUUGCGCUUACACAUUCUGUGCCCUACAUUGGAUUAUUUUGGCCUUAACUAGCCUAUUUCCUCUCUUUAUUUUUUUAUUUUUAUUUUAUUUUUACUUUUUGUGCCAGAAAUCAAGCUCAGGACCUUGCACUUGCCACGCAGACAUAUUAUGCCACUGAGCUGUAUCCCCAACCCAUCUUAUUACCUCUUUAAAACAGCAGCAACAACAAAAACCCACAUACAUACUUGUCCAAGUAAUUACCAUUUUUGUAUGUAUGUUCUUCAUUCUUUAGUAUACAUAUUUCCACUAGAAAUCAUUUUUUUCUACCUAAAGGCUUCCACUAACAUUUCUUACAGUGUAAGUCUGCUGGUGAUAGAUUCUUUUAGAUUUUGAAUGUUUUGGGGAUUUUUUGUUUUUUUGGUAGAAUUCAUUGUUUUAAAAAUGUACCAUAGGGGCUGGGGAUUUAGCUCAGCGGCAUAAGUACCUGCCUUGCAAGCAGGCAGUCAUGAGUUCAGUCCCCGGUACCGAUAAAAAAAUAUGAAAAAAAUGUACCAUAGCUGGGCAUAGUAGCACACACCUGUAAUCCCAGCACUCAGGAGGCUGAGGCAGAAAAGAUUGCCUGAGUUUGAGACCACCCUGAAUUACCUAGCAAGACCCUGUCUUAACACAACCAGUGGUGGAGGACAGCAUUUUUAAAAAAUGUACAAUUUUCCAAUACUUAGGAGACUGAGGCAAGAGGCCAGCCUAAUGUACAUAAUAAGCAGGAGACCACCCUGAACUACAUAGUGAAACUAUCUCAAAAAACAAAAGUAGUGGGGCUGGGGGUUUAGCUCAGUGGCAUAAGCACCUGCCUUGUAAGCAGGCGGUUAUGAGUUUGAUCCCGGUACCAUUAUCAAAAAUCAAAAGUAGCUUGCUAAAUGUGGAUGUGCUUUCAAUCCUAGCCACACAGGAGGCUGAACAGGGAUCUCAAAUUCAAGGUCAUUCUGGGAAAUUUAGCAAAACUCGCUCAAAAAAAGAGAAUUAGUGAUGUAGCUCAAUAUUCCUUGGAAUUAGUUCCCAGUACUAGGAAAAAAAGUCUCAAGAGAUGGGUGUGGCAGCAUACAACUCUUAACUGGGGAAGCUGAGGUAAGGUAAGAAGGAGGUCAUGAGUUCAGUUCCUGAUACCAGCAACAAAAAUAAUGAACAAAAGAGAAUCUGUAGAUUCAAGGCCAACCUGGACUAUGUAGUAAGAUCCUGUCUCAGACAACAAGGAACUGUACAAUCCAGUGCCUCUGAGUAUAUUCACGGUGUGCAACCAUCACUACUCUCUAGUUUCAGAACAUUUUCAUUCCCCAAAAAGAAACCCUAUACUUAACCAUGUUGAAAAAUCCUUUAUCUUACCAAGCGCUGUGGCUCAUUCCUCUGAUCCCAGCACUUUGGGAGGCUAAGGCAGGAGAUCACAAGUUCAAGCCCAGCCUAUAUAACUUAGCAAUUUAGUAAGACUUGUUUUAAAAGAUAAAAAGGACACAUAGCCUGGUAUGACGGUUUUGGGUUGACUCCCCCUAUAUCAAAGGAAGAAAGAAAAGAAAUUGAUUUGUUACUUGCUUUCUAGAUUUGUUUUGGUUUCUUUAAUACCAUGCAUGUAGCCAUUGAUUCUCCAUAUGCUGAAAUCUUUUGGAACAGAGGUUGGUGUUCCAAGAAAGGAGUUGAUUCCCUCCCUUUUAUAUUCUACCACCUUGCUGGUCUGUAAGACCAGCUAUUCAGGAGACUGAGGCAGCAGGAUUGAAAGUCUGAGCAAUUUCAAAUUAAAUUUAAAAAUGGGCUGAGGCUUGCUAUAGUAUAUCAAGGUAUACUCAAAUAUUUCAAGGAAAGAGACACUAUGGUAGCUACUGUUAUGUCGGAUUGUCUUGUGGUGAAACACUAUGUUGCUUAAAUUGUUCUGUUCUGACCUGUGUUGUUAUGUCCUCUUUUAUCUUAAUCUUUUUUUUAAAUUUAAAAAAAAAAAAAAAAGGGCUGAGGCCAGGCAUGGUGGCACUUGCUUGUAAUCCCAGCACUGAGGAGGCUGAGGCAGGAUCAUCAUCUUGAGUUUGAGCCUCGCUUGGGCUACAUAGUGAGACCCUGUCUCAAAAACGACCCAAAAAAAGGCCAGAGAUUUAGCUCAGAGGCAUAAGCAUCUGCCUGGCAAAUGCAAGGUUCUGAGUUCAAUUCCUGAUACAAAAAAGAAAGAAAAAAAAAAAUCAACUCCCCAUAGAGGAGGGGAAGGUGGCUAGGAAUGUAGGUCAGUGAAAAGUUCUGGGUUCAGUCCCUGUGCUAGGGGAAAAAAAUUCACCAUGUAAAAUUGUGUUUCAAAGAAAUUUGUUUUAGGUGCUGCUGAGAUUAAAAGAAUAUAUUGCA